AAAGAAAAGUGAAGGACAAUUUAAAUUCGAAACGAGAGAGAGAGACGACGUCGUUGCACUUUUUCUUUUUUAACUCUUCCCUGGUCCUCUUCUUCCCAGUUCCCAGUUCCCAGAAAUCAGAGUUUUGCUUCAUUGCUAGGUUGAUCUCACUCCAUUUCUCUGCUCUGCUCCACCAAAAUGGGCGAAAAUCUGCAUAUUCCUGAUGAAGAAAUAAAAAGCACCAUGGAUAGGAGAGUGGAUGUAUAUAUAUGGGAUAUGGAUGAGACCCUUAUACUGCUCAAGUCUUUGUUGAAUGGGACAUAUGCUGAGGCUUUCAAUGGUUUGAAGGAUGUGCAGAAGGGUGUUGAAAUCGGGAAGAUGUGGGAGAAGCACAUUCUUGAUUUGUGUGAUGGUUGUUUCUUCUAUGAACAAAUUGAAAACUACAAUAAGCCUUUUCUUGGUGCCUUGAGUGAAUAUGAUGAUGGGAAGGACCUUUCUGAUUAUGAUUUUGGCCAAGAUGGGCUUGGUCUUCCAUCUGAUGAUGACAACAAAAGAAAGCUAGCAUACAUGCACAGGGUCAUAGCCCAAAAGUAUGAAAAGGGUUUGCAUAACCUUUUUGAUCAAGAGACAAUGAAACUCUGGAAUGAAUUGUAUGAUAUCACUGAUAAAUAUACAGAUGGAUGGCUCUCAUCAGCACGAGCUUUCUUGGAGCAGUGUUCAAGUGGGAAGACAGACACAACUUCAACUGCCUCUGCUGAGGGGAUGGUUGACUCUUCUGAUUCAUCGUAUCAGCAUGUUAAUGUUCUGGUGACUUCUGGAUCACUGAUACCCAGCCUUGUGAAAUGUUUGCUCUUUCGACUUGACAAUCUGAUAACACAUGAAAAUGUUUACAGCUCAUGGGAAGAAGGGAAAAUCCAAUGUUUUCAAUGGAUCAAGGAGCGUUUCAGCAGUUCAAAUGUUCGUUUUUGUGUAAUUGGGGAUGGAUGGGAAGAAUGUGAAGCUGCAAAAACCAUGAGAUGGCCAUUUGUUAAGAUUGAUCUGCGACCAGGCAGCUCUCACAGGUUUCCAGGCCUCACAUUGAGAACAGUAGGUUAUUAUUUCUCUGUUGUAUAUGGUAGUCCAGGUGCUGAAAAUGACAAAGAUUAAGUCUCUCUCACCAUCUGCACUUUAUAUUUUUUGCUUCCCUGGAAUUUUUAUCUGUACAUAGAAACAAAGAAACAUUGGUGGAUGUCGAUGUUUUUAAACAAAAGUAUGAGUCAACCAAUUUUGAUGACCGUUACUACAUUAAUCAUGGUCCACAUAAACCAAGUGUUUUCCCUGAAGAUAUCUAUGUCAUCCGACAAGAUUUUUUUUUUUUUUUUUUUGGAAUAGCAUUUGUAGAUUCCAUUAUUUUUGUAUAUGUAACAUCAAAUAAUUAUUGUUAAAUUUCUAAUCCUUUUAUUUUGCAUUAACUGCAAGUGCUCUA